UGUAACUAACCAUAUUGAAGGUGGGGUUAUUCGGUGCUUUGGGAGGUUAGUUUGUAGAUUUGGGGAAGAUAAGAUUAAAAGAGACGUGAAGGUAUCGUAUUUUAAAAGACUGGGUGAAAAACGACCAGAGUUCUAGUCAGAAGUCGAAAUAAGUUGUUCGUGUUAGAAGCUUCCCUGACGCAGCAUACAAAGCUAUUGGACUUUUCUUAGAAGCUACAGUCAUCUACCCGAAGGCAACUACACUUGAUGACGAAAGUUCGGGUGUGAUAUUAUUCCGCAUAGGGUGGCACCUUCUACAUUCACCCGCACUGACACCCGACAGCAGGUUAGGUACGAGCCAGGGGUAACGCUAAAAGCUCCACUAAGCGACCCAUAAGAUUCCCUAAACGUGCUGUAGCUUCCUGCCCCACCGAUGAGCUGCAGCUAUGUACAAUCGAACAAGGGCAAAUUUCAACGUCAUUUUCCAACCUGCCAAUAAGGCUCUACAUAUUUCAUUUCAUACCUUCCACAACCCAUACCUACUUCGCAAAUAACCCGCGACCAGCUUCAUCGUCACAACCCAAAAUGUCCUCCCGAUACAGCGCGGCGCGCCCCAAACGCGCGGGCGAGAACUACGCGCGAGCGCAUCACGCAGAGCCGAACUCCAAGAAAGUCAAGUUCGACGUGAGGAAUCCGUCCGCGCUCGCCCCCGACGCAGGCGACGACGAAGACGAGGACGAUAACGACGUAUUCUUACAGGCCGAUGCCGACGUCAUCCGCGGAAGCGCCGCUACUAAGCGCGGUGCUGUAAAUAUCGACGGUUACGACUCGGAUUCCGACCGGGAGGAUCUGGGCACACUACACGCGUCGAAGUCUAAGUCGAAGAAAGAGGAUGAGGAUAUGGACGACAUGUUCGCGGCCGACGAAGACGUAGAUGAGAAGGAUGAUACUGUGGACGACACCACUGGCAAGAAGAGCAAGGAAGUCAAGUUUGUGGAUACGGGAGAUAUCGACGGCCAAGUAGCAGAGUCGAAAUCCGGAGGGCACGUACGACUAGACGAUGAAUCGUCCGGAGAUGACGACGAGGAGACAGUAGAGCUCGCAAUACAAGAAGAAGGGAUCGACGAAGAAGUUGGUGCCGGAGGACUGAAGAAGCACGCCCCCAAGGUCGAAGCAUUCAACCUAAAAGCCGAGAAUGAAGAAGGACGGUUUGACGAAGCCGGCAAUUUCGUGCGCAAAGCUGUGGAUCCCGAUGCAAUUCAUGACCGGUGGCUAGAAGGCGUUAGCAAAAAGGAGAUGAAGAAAGCAGCGGAAGCCCACGAACGGCGCGAGGCCGAGCAACGGCAGAAGCGCAAAGAAGACGAUAGCGCCCUAACCUCAGACCUCCUCAAAUCCCUAAUUCUACAACUUGAGCGCGGCGAAACGGCAUUAGAAGCUCUUGCUAGGCUAGGUCGGGGCCAAACAAAAGCGAAGAAGGUUCCGAAGUGGAAGCAGAAGAAGCAAAAGCCAGACUCCAUGGACGUCGACGGCGAGAAAGCACCAGAAGACCCGGAACAAACCCGCAUCAAGGAUGCCAUCGACGCCAUCACCGAGGCCGCGGAUAAACUGCUCGGUAGAGACCGGCCGGAUAUCUACGAUAGGGAGAGGGAGCGUUUGGUUCGGGAGUACACCCGCGAAGCAGACGAGCCGUGGGUAGAGCCGAAAAAGAAGUCCGAGGAAGCCCCUGCGAAUAAGAUGUGGGAGUUCCGGUGGACGGACGGCAGAGAUAACGCCGACAAGCAAGGGCCUUUCGACGGCCCAACCAUGAAAGCAUGGCAGGAUGCCGGCUAUUUUGGAGAGGGCGUCGAGUUCAGGGAAGCCGGUGACGAUAGUUGGAGUCGUGUUGCCGACUUUGUAUGAUUAAGAGGUCCUGCAAGACCGCAAAAGCGAUACCACUGGCGUGUCUAAUGACCGCUCUAUGAAUACGAUCUAGUACUUGAACUUGAUGUAUAAACAAUUCCAUACAGAGAUCAAAAGUUGGCAUUGCGCUUAAGCAGACCGAUAUAUCCUAACCAUGUCAAAAAGGGACAUCAUGACGUGACACAGAUACCCGGAGUUAUUUUCCCCAUUCUUCUAUUUUGCUAUAACCACAAUACAUGGCUGCUUACGACAAGAAUAGAUCUACCCAUCUUUAGAACCCAAUCGUGAGAAUCCACCCGAAACGACGAUAUCUCAACCAGCCUACAACAUAGCACAAGCAAA